CGUCUGUUCGUCUGCUUCAUGCGCCCCCCCCCAUGUCUCGUAUACGCAUCCACGGACGGAGGACAAACAACCAACGGAUGUAAAAUGUAGGCAGCGAUGCUGCACGGGCGCACCCCUUCGUAUCAUAUAUCCACCACUGUCUUGGCACCCUCUCCCGUUACCGGUAACGCCGAUCGAUUACAAAAAGUCGACAGACGGGAUGGGCCGCUACGCCGCUUUCCAAACAGGAUGGGCCGCUACUCAAACAGGAUGGGCCGCUACGCCGCUUCUCAAACAACACGAAUGGGAUCUCUUAGGCAUACGGUAGGGAUCUGUCCGCUAAGGACGUGUUCGGCCCACACACACUGCGAUGGUAUCCCUCCUGUCUACGGCUCCUCCUCCUCGUUGUCGCCGUCGCCCUCUUCCUGCUCGGCCGCUGCUGCAGGUGCUCACACGCCUCUGGGGCGCGGGUCGGCCCGUGGGCACUUAUGGCCAGCAGCUCCUUGUCGGUAAGCUGUGAGGGCGGCUUGGCGGUCGGCGCCACAGCGGCGGGGAUUCCCUUGUUAUACUCUGUGACCGUGAUAUCCCUAGGCACGCCCACUCCUGCAGGCAUGUGUCACACACAGCGAGAGACACAAAAGUAGAGAGAAAUGCGAGUUUGUGAGUCAGCUGCUGACUGAUAUGCAUACCCAGGCGACUGAGAUCCUGUGUGAGGCGUUCGUACAGCUCCACGCUGAGGUACUCAGUCCAGUAGGCCUCGCUGAUCGGAACGAACGGCCGCACCACCUGUGUGCAUCCGCGACACACAGCAGCGACAAUGUUGCAUACGUGUCUGUCGGCCUCCACAGCCAGCUGCUGGCUUGGCGUGUUACCUGUUCUCCCUUGUCGUUCGUUCCCGCCAGCACCGGCUGUGCCAGGAGAGAGUUGAUCUCAUCCAUCAGCAGCUCCGGCAGCUGGCGGGGGAACGGACCUCGGCAGCUGGUGCGGAUGUGCUCCACCACCUGACACACACACCACAAAGGACAGCGUCCAUCUAUGCCCGUGGGCGAAUGUGAGUUUCUCGUGGCACUCACUCACCUGGUGUAGGUCGUUGUCGCAUGACUGCACGAUGCCCAUGGCCUUCUGCCAGCUCGUAAAGAACUGCGGCACCGAUUGGCCCCCGCUAAUCGUGGCCGACACGAGGAACCCAACUGAUGGAUGGAUGAGACACAGCCAGCAGACGGACAGAGACACCACGCACACAAUGUCAUAGGUGGACGACUGAGUGGAUGCGUCCACGACAAAUCAAUCACGUGUGCCUUGGAUCCUUACACAGGGAGAGGGCGGGGUACUUCUCCUUGAUGUACUCAUAGACCUGCAGGCGAUGGAUUAAACACAAGACCAGAAGACAUACACAAGUGGGCGUCUAAUGGUGUGUGCGCAUGUCCUUGUGUGUUGGUGUGUGCAUACCUUGUAGGGGUCUGUGAGGUCGCACUUGCCCUUGAUGCUGGGCUGUGUGCCGAGCUGCAGCCAGAAAUACACACACACACACACAGACAGAGAGAGAGAGAGAGAUAAAGACACAGCAACACGCCUUGGCUGCGUCAAGACUUACACGCAGCCGCUUUAGUGUCUCGAGCUCUUGCCUGCAGUCCUCCCCCCUCUCUAUGCGCAUCGCCGCCACCAUGAUGAGAAUAAUAAUAAUAAUGAUUAUGCUGCAGUCAGUGCGUCAGGAACAGACACACACACACCGUUCACGACAACCAACGAUGCACACAUGGACGAUGGACACGACUUGGCGCUUCACUUACAUGCCAUUGCAGCACCAGAUGAUGAUGAUGAUGAUGAUUAUGAUGAUGAUUAUCUUCUUUUUCUUUUUCUUCUUCGCGGCCAUUUCCUCGUCGCCCUGCUCCCCGCCGUCGAUGGGCUCCUCCUCCUCGUCCACUUCCACCUCCCUCUCCUCCACCGACCAGUCGAUGGCCAUGCCAUGGCGAGUGGCCUCGUCGAGGAGCUGUUGCUCGGCAGCCCCGCCGGCGAAUUCUAGAGUCAUUUUCUCCUCUAGGCCCUGCUUCUGAAUCUCCUGCACAAACCACACACACACACACACAACACACAAAAUCGUAUAAAGUGCUGGCGGCGUGCUUGCGGUAUUCACCUCGAUCAGCUGGUGUGCAUUCGUGUAUUUGGUCGGCCUUCGAUCCCUCGUAUACCGGCGCUGGCCCUUGGUGUAUAGGAGGUCCUUCUCGGCGCCUUGGCACGGUCCACCGUCACGUGCUGCACACAGCCAGCGACGAGCCAAACAAGAGGCGAAGGGACAAGAGUGUCCACAAAGGGCUGUCUGGCCAGGCUGGUUGAGUGACCUACCACCGUCGCCUUCUCCUGCUUCAUCUGCGGACCGAACAGGUGGGUGAUGUCCUUGGCGUAGCCGUUGCUGUCGUAUUUGGAGCCCGCCCUCGUCUGCGCCACCUUGAAGGAGUGGCUUGCCUCCUGAAUCCAUGAGUGACAACACAACGCCACACACGAUGAGUGAGAGUGAGACCCAUGCAACACAUGCAGUCGCCCUCGCUUACGUCAUAGAACUGCACUGGAUGUGCGCCGGGGAUAUUGCCCAUGUCAUGGCGCUGCUUGGC